UUUGCCUUGGAGUUAUGAGAAAAUGUUUAUAUAUGUGGACAACAGGGGACUUAAAAGUUCGUCUACAAUCUCAUAAAUGUCAAAUAUUAUCAAGCAAUUUAGAAAAUAUUAAACAUAACAUACCAGUUGAAUUUUGCAGAAAACCGAGAUCUUUGGAUUAUUUAAAACAAUGGAAAGCAACUGAAUAUAGGCAAUUUUUGUUAUACACGGGUCCUGUUGUUCUUCGAGGAAUACUUUCAAAUGAUUUAUAUUAUCAUUUUCUAACACUUACUGUAGCAAUUAGAAUUUUAUGCUGUAAAAAUGUAUGUAACGAUUAUUUGAAUUACGCUGAAGAAUUAUUAAUUCAUUAUGUUAACACUUUUAAAAUUUUGUAUGGAAAAUACAAUAUGUCUCAUAAUGUUCAUGGUCUGAUUCAUUUAUGCGACGAUGUUCGCAUACAUGGCACUUUAGAUUUAUUUAGUGCUUUCAAAUAUGAAAAUUUUUUACAAGAAGUAAAAAAAAUAAUUCGCAAAGCUGAUAAACCACUACAGCAAUUACACAGAAGAUAUAUGGAGAAAAAUGAUGCUAUAUGUAAUACAGAUUUGACAUAUGAAGAAAAUUCCAAGAUACAAUUACUCAAUGAACAUUAUGAUGGUCCACUUAUUCAGGACUGCACAAAUCCUCAGUAUAAAAGUAUUAAUAUGGCACAAUAUAUCAUAAAAGUGAAUGAUAACGCUAAUAAUUGUUGUUUUAUGAAAGACGAAAGUAUCAUAAAAAUUGAAAAUAUUGCAUAUUGUAAUAGAAGAAAAUACUUAGUUGCUAUUGGCAAAAAGUUUAUGAUUAAAAAAGACUUAUUCCAUGUCCCAUGCUUGUCAUCAUUAUUUGACAUUUAUUUAGUUAGUAAUGUGUCUGAAUUAUGUACAUGGCCCAUAUCAGAUAUCAGCAAGAAAAUGUUAAUAAUGCCAUACGCAAAUAAUACAUUUGUUAUUAUUCCGUUAUUACAUAUUGAAUAA